AGAGGCGCACAACUCACUCAAGCAUCGGCAACAAGAGGCUACAAGUUACGAGAGCUCGUGGUGCGCUGACAUGCGCCUCCUGCGUAAGAACUUCCUUGUGGACAGCGCAGAAAGCGACAAAACGACAAGUACCGGCCGCCCCGUUUAUGCCUGAACGGUGGCAUCCCUCGACGAAGCAUUCUCCGUAGUGUACCUAGUUUCAUCCACCGAAACCGACGGGUCGACGACGUUUCAGCUCCCCUUUUCGUUCUCCUCGGAGAGAUGGCACUCGCGUCGGUGGAAGCGCCGGAGAAACCGGCCCACGUGGAGCACGCACCCGUGGCACGGGACGGCUGAUGCCGCCGACGGGGGCGUCGCGGCGAUGCUGGACGGCAGUCUGUUGCCGAACUCAGGAAUACACGUGUUCGCCGGCACUGCGCAGGACACGACAGUGGUGGGCGCUGGUGGUCGCGACGGCGUCGAUGCUGCUGCUGGCACCUUUGCCACAGCAGCCGGCCACCGCCGCUGGACUGCCGCUGCCCACUGAGCCUCUGUCCACGAGUUGGCUUGCCAGGACCCGUAGGGACGAGAACGAGGGAAUCGAGAACAGACAUCGCACCGCGAAUGUGGGCUUCUACAUUGGCGACCCGUGCAACCAGACAUGCAGCCGCGUUCUGUACCACGUGUUCUGCAACGUCACCUCCCGACGCUGCGAGUGCAGGCCGGAGUAUCCUGUCAACAUCGACAACAGACAGUGUGUCAAAGCUUCGUCGCUGGGCGGCCACUGCGACCACGACGAGGCGUGUGCCUUUUCGGUGACUCACUCGUCCUGCCAGAGCAACGAGUGCCGCUGCCUCGACGGACACGAGCCCGACGCACACGCCACAAAGUGCACGCCCACUCGCGGUGUGGCCAUCCUGGAAAGUGCCGAGCUGACGACCAUGGUGAGCGUCAUCGUGGCCUUGAUGGUGUUCACGGCGCUCUUUUGCCUCGUCCUUAGGCUCUUCAGCAAAGCCCGUUUCGGCACGUCCGGGCGUGAUCGCAUGGGCGACGCUGCCUCGCCGCCCCCGGGACCCGCCGUGCUCAGUUCCGUGGACGGGUCCCUCGCUCAGGCGCCGGGCAUCAAGGGAGGAGGGCCCGGGUCGCGGCGCACUUCCCGCAACUCGGUGGACUACGCGGCUUCGCGUCGGGCCAGUUGCGGCAUGCUCGCGCCUCCCGCGGACUCACAGAGCUGUUCCCGCCGCGCAAGCGGCUCCUCGGUCAGGUCGCAGACCUCGCAGCGGUCGGCGGCGUCCAACAGGAGCGGCUCGCUGUCCAGGGUCGGCUCCAGGCAGACCCCGGCAGCGGUGAAAGGCGCCGAGGGCUCGGCCGCCACCGCCGCGGCCGCUGCUGCACCCACCGAGGUGUCGGGCAUCGGGGACGAAGACGAACGGGUCCCGCCGGCGCCGCCGCCGGCCACCGUCGGGGGCCAGCAGAGGAAGCCGCCGCACGAGCCCGCACGCGGGUCCGCCUCGUCGCCGAUGGACGCGGCGCGCGCGGACCCCGCGGCCGAACAGCCCAUCACGCGACCUCUCCGGUCGCCACUCUCGCACGACGUACGCGACAAGGAAGUCACCGGCUACGCAACGGCUCCAAGUUUUGAGUAACCGGCAGCAUACAACGUUUGGGGCACCGUAGCGUGGAGGCGUAGCCAGUUACGUCGGAAGAGCGUGACGUCGACAAGUGGCGCAAGUGUCAUGGACUGGGCCGCCGACGUCACGAACAUUGCGAGCACACGCGCACGUGGUGCUGAAACCAUGCGAGAGUUCGUCCACGUAGGGACUGUAUAUAGAACCGGCACAAUGUAGAACGGUAGCGUGCCAGCGUCAUAGGAGUCGCAAGACGUGAAGGUGAAGUUGUCGACGGCGUCACGAAUCACGUGAUCGACAGAACGCGCGAGAACCAGUGAAAGUGAGAGGGAGACGCUGCUUUGCUUACGCUGACCGCGCGUGUGGGAGAGGGUAUGCCGACUUAUAUUGAGGAGUGAAAGCUGACAUUUUGUAGCUGCGGUGCGCUGUUAGUUCUCUAGCGAAGAAUCUAAUAGUGAGUGCCGUAGUAAUGACAAAGCACACACGGCGAUAAAUAACAGCAGCCGAGCUGAGUGAAAUUGUUGAUGAAGGGGUGUUUAGACGUAUUUUGCGCCAGUCGAAAAAAUUGAGAGGUGGCAUGUAGCUCCGGGUUUGACGGUGAUGCGCAGUCGUUUCCAGCCACAGGAAGAAUGAAAGAGAGAUCAAAACGUUGGGCCAGUGCAUGAAAUCACCACCCUUCUUGGGGGAAGUAUACAGUGAGGUGUCACGAGGGAAUUCAUUAAUUAGCCAUCUUGCGACUAUUGACACAUACGUUAGCACUCGCGGUAAAGCAACGACCAGUUGAUCUUAGAAUAGCCACCCCUAUACAUAACAUACAGUGGUGUGAUGACCCAGAAGUGCCCGUGCCCCAAGUUCUACAAUACAACAUGAGAGGCCACCAUUCCUAAAUUAAGCGAAUUCACGGGAAAUAAGCCAAAUGCAUUCCUCGGAAAAUGUGUUUAUAGCUACAUUAUACGCGCAUCUGUUAACUAGAGCACUUUGCAAGAAGUUGUUUUUAGUGAUAUAAUUUCAAGAAGCAACAAUUCUAUAAGCUUUCUGCCUCGCAGGAUUUUUAAUACUAUGCACACCUCCUGCUAUUCCUUGCAUUUAUUUCAGUAUUCCAUGAAUUCUUGAACAAGACAAACCAGAUGCAGAAAUUGUUAGAAAUAUGAUGUGCGAGUCGGUUUCACAUGGCAGAAUUGUUAAGAAAUGCACUGAUUGUGAACAAAGGUCUAGUCGGGGAGCCAAAACAUACUGUUAUUAAUUUAGUAAUCUCGAUCUUGUUUAAUUUACAUUUUUUCCCUGCUAGACGAGAUUUCACCAGACUCUUGGUUUUAUAGGAUGCUUUGCGCAGUUUGUUAUUAUUUCAUACCCUGCUAGUUCAACCAGCUGUUCUGUAUUCCCCCAAGUUCUUUCUGUGAAUUGAAGAAGUAAAAUAUUUAAUAAAUAUUGUCCAGAACACUGCUAUA